AUGUCCAUGCUCGCAUUAAGCAAGAAAACAUACAAACAGCCAACGAUACGAACCUGUUUGACUGACGACGAAAUGGAAGAUGAGAGUCAGACCAGAUUCCAGUUUGACACACCAAAAUGCGUAGUACAUCCAGUCAUCGAGCGAUUGAUGAAUCAUGCCAGGCUCAGUCCAGCCCCCAACAAGGGCCACUCUGCCCUGACAGGGGGGAAAAGCGAGCCGCCAAUUCAGCAAGUGGAAAAACAAAAAAAUGAACACGAGCAAAACAUGAAGGAGAUGAAAUGGCAAUGGGAUACAACUCUCAGAGAGCAGCAAGAACAAUUAGCAACAGCCCAGGAAGAAAUUGAAAGGACCCGUGUCCAACAGUUGGCACGAGAACGGGAGCAGUGAGAAGCAGAGCUGUGUGAAACACUAGCCCAGCGUGAGGAAGUGUUGAAGAGAAAGACAAACGAAGAGGUGAGGCGGAUAAUCCGACAUGAAAAUGGUGUGAUAACAAUAAACAGCUUUGAGAGCGCGAGAGUGCGAUACUCACGGAGAUGGACCAAAGGUUUCAGCAAGAAGUGCUCAAGUUAAAGGCGAGAACAUGUUUCGUAUAUAAAUGAAAACAUGCUGAAAUACUUACCAGGCAGAAAAAGAGAGUGAGCUGGCGAAGAUGGAACAGAGAUUUUCCAGGUGUCCCAGGUCUCAGGACAAGGAUGUAGAUAUGAACAUCCCCAUGCCAGGAGAUGCAGGACAACCAUCUCCAUGCGCAAAGCCA